GGCAUGGCAGGCACGAGUGACCGCAGCGACGACCGUGCUCGCCCAGCAGCCUCCACAUCUCACAACAGCGCCGCCAGCACCUCAGAGUGUGGUCAACGGUCUUCGCAAUGGCUUCAUUCAGGCGCCGCGGGAUGGCCCUGCCCGCGCUGCUUGCACUACUCUCACUGACCUCAUCGGCCCACGGAGCUCAGAACCGAUCAACACUUCGUAGUAGCUUCUCUGCGUAUGAAUACGAUUUGUCGCCAUUAGCUGUAGCGAACACGCGACCAGAGAAAUGCCCACCAUGCUUCAAUUGCCAGCUGGAUGCGUUUGAUUGUGGUCAGUUUGGAGAGUGCUCAGCAUACGAUGGACAGUGCAAAUGUCCGCCAGGAUGGGCGGGGAUUGACUGCUUGACACCACAGUGCGACUCUUUGGCCGACGGGGACAGGCGAAGGCAGCGAGAUCCGGGCCAGAAGUGUGAUUGCAAGGAUGGAUGGGGUGGUGCAAACUGCAAUGUGUGCAAGACAGAUGACGCAUGUGUUGGGUUUCCACUUGCUGGCAGGCCCCUUGAGGAUGGGGAGGAGAUCAACAACAUGACUUGCUACAAAGGAGGCGUGACCGUCUUUGAGAACCACCAAAUAUGCGCAGUGACGAACCGCAAAAUCAUCGAUAUGCUCCCGGAUCGUCCCCCCGAGAUCACAUUCAGCUGCAACCAGGCUGCAGCCUCUUGCCAGUUCCAGUUCUGGACCGCGCAGGAGGAAUCGUUCUACUGCGCGCUGGACCAGUGCGCAAUGGGAAUGGAGACGGGUUACGAUAGCAACACUACUCGCUACUCAUGCGACAGCAUCAAGUGCAAAUGCGUUCCCGGCCGGUUUAUCUGUGGAGAGAACGGGAGUGUCGAUAUCUCGGACUUCUUGAAGGAGGAGAUCAAGGGUCCUGCUUCCUUCAGUUGCAAGACGGGUCAAGGUUGUCAGUUCGAGGAACCCGCUAUGAACGAACUGAUAGACACUAUGUUCGGUGAUCGUUACAUCACCCUUCAGUGCGAUGGCGGAGAAUGCUUGCACUACUCCCAGGUGCCUGGCUAUGAGCCUCCGCCUAAGCCGGACAACAGUCGCUUCAUUGCAUUGAGCGCUGCAGGUGCCGGUCUCUUUGUUAUCAUCGCAACAGCAAUCUUUUGGUACGCGGGGAGGACACGCUCAGGUGAUUUCGGCGGCAUCCGCCUGCCCGAGAACGAGACUGCGAGAUUGAUGUCUGAGCACGUCCCCGCCUCCCUGCACUUCUCGGGCAUCUCCUACGCGCUCGGUAAUCGCACGAUCCUCGACUCCAUCUCGGGCACGGUCAAGCCAGGUCAGCUCAUGGCGAUCAUGGGUGCCUCGGGCGCGGGUAAGUCAACAUUCCUCGACAUCCUCGCGCGCAAGAACAAGCGCGGCGUUGUCAGUGGGCGCACACUCGUCAACGGCCGGGAAGUUGCGGAUGAGGACUUCAAGAAGAUGAUGGGCUUCGUGGACCAGGAAGACACGCUGAUGAGCACGUUAACUGUGUACGAGACCGUGCUGUACUCUGCGCUGCUGAGGCUGCCGCGGGAAAUGAGUCUCGAAGCAAAGAAGUUCAGGACGCUCGAGACGAUGCAUGAGCUGGGUAUCCUUGCGAUCAAGGAUUCGCGGAUUGGCGAUUCUGGUCGCCGAUCCAUCUCAGGAGGUGAGAAGCGCAGGGUCUCAAUUGCUUGCGAACUCGUCACCAGUCCUUCUAUUCUAUUCCUGGACGAGCCGACGAGUGGAUUGGAUGCCUACAAUGCACUCAGCGUCGUCUCCAGCUUAGUGACGCUUGCAAGGAAUUACAAUCGCACGGUAGUGUUCACGAUUCACCAGCCGCGCAGCAAUAUCGUGUCUCUUUUCGAUAGGUUGCUCGUACUUGCGCAAGGCAAGAUGAUUUACUCCGGCGAUGCAGACAAGUGCGGGGAAUAUCUUGAGGCGAUUGGGCACCCUUGUCCGCCUGGUUUCAACAUCGCCGAUUAUCUGAUUGACCUGACGAUGCAUGCUAGCAUGGAGCCUCGUUCGUUGGAGAGUCCCCCGACGGAGUUGUCUACCUCGGAGGCGACGAAUGUCAACGACGAAGAGCGUGGAUUCAAUGGCGGUUCUACCUCUGGACACUCCAAGACAUCGAGCUCCACUGAAGAGACUGAGCUGCAGCCGCGCGCGAGCUCUGUUGCAGGCUCUGCCUCUGGCUACGUUAGGAAGAAGACGUCGCAGCUGCUGCAAGCCAUCUCGCCGAAUGCGUUGUCUGGCGAGGGUCCCCUAGCGCCUCGUUUGCAGGCAUUGGUAGACUCAUUCGCUGACAGCGACAUCAAUGCCUCGCUGAAAGAGGAGAUUGCUGACGUAGCGUCGACCGCCAACGCCCCGCAGAGCGCCUCGAAUCAGCUACCUGAUGCGGCGCUGGAGACGAGCAUCACGAGAGGACGCAAGCGUGCUAGCUGGGGGACACAGUUCCGCAUCCUGAGCGGGAGGGCGUUCAAGAACUUGUACCGGGAUCCUGCUCUGCUGGCUGCGCACUAUAUCGCUGCAGUUUUGGUCGCACUCAUGAGCGGAUUCUUCUUCCACCAUCUAUCCAACGACAUCGCGGGCUUCCAGAAUCGACUUGGAUUCUUCUUCUUCACGCUCGCGCUCUUCGGCUUCUCUUGUCUGUCUAGCUUGAGUCUAUUUGCCAAUGAGAGGCUCCUCUUCAUGCGGGAACGUGCCAACGGCUAUUACUCUCCGCUGACGUACUUCGCCUCGAAGGUACUGUUCGAUAUCCUGCCGUUGCGUGUUGUCCCACCGCUCGUGUACGGUGGCAUCGUCUACGGUCUCAUCGGUCUAGUACCUGAAGUUGCAACCUUCUGGAAGUUCAUCCUGGUGCUUGUGCUCUUCAACUUGACUACGGCGAGCGUAAUCCUGCUGUUGUCAAUCGCCUUUGCGAGCACUAGCGUAGCUAGCCUUGUCGGCACACUCAUCAUGCUCUUCAACUUGCUGUUUGCCGGACUUUUGAUCAACCGACAGACCCUCGGGAAGCGGUGGGAAUGGCUCAACGUCUGCUCUUUCUUCCAUGCCGCUUACGAAGCGUUGGCCGUAAACGAGUUGCGGUACUUGCAGCUGAGAGAGACCAAGUACGGCGUGGACAUUGAUGUGCCAGCUGCGGCCAUCUUGUCAACGUUCGGACUGCAAUCACAGUCUUUUUGGUGGCCGGAUAUCGCCCUGCUUGGCAUUUUCUUCGGCUCGUUCACAAUCAUCAGCUACCUGAUCCUGCACUUCUACGUCAGGGAGAAGCGGUAGGAAAACAAUGUCCGCGUCAUGUUGUGUGGCAUAGCAUUCACGUACACGUACGAGCUGUCCUGUGACUGUAAAGACUGUAUCAUUGUAUAAUCAUUGGCAUCUUGCAUUUUCGUCCUAA